AUGGGAAUCGCAGUCUCAGCUAGAAUGUCGGCUAAAAAAGCUCCAAUAGCCCCUGUCCCGGCUGCCCCUGAUGCAGCCGUCCCUGAUGCGGCUGCCCCUCCAGCUGCGCCAGCUCAGAAGGGGAAAAAGAAGGCAAAAGCAGCCAAGGCCGAUGAUGACGGAUGGGAAAAUGCGCCCGAAAUUCAAAAAAAUCCAGCAGCACUCGCUGCAAGAAGAGGGCCUGUUGAUGUCGAUUUUUCGGACAUAGAAAGAUGGAAUCUAUUGCCCAUACUUGCUUCUGGGUUACAUCCAGUGUCAACCACUGCCGCUGGCUACCUUUGCGGCCUUCAUGCUCUUGUAUACAGUUACAAUGCAGCACGAGACCUUGCUGCUCCUGAAGGCACACCAGUGCCUUUGGCAGACAGUGUAACUGCGCAGGAGUUGAUAACUUUCAGACGGUCAGAAGAAUUUUGGCAAGAGGCGCUGGAGUAUUUAACUGCUGGGGGCCACAUCGCUUUCGCUGACGCAUUCGGGGUGCCGCAGAGUGAAGCGCAAAUAUCAGUACAAGUGAAGCAGUUUAUACCAGACUUAAGAAACACCUAUACAAUUGCAGAUCUCCAUUGUCUUCUCGGGUACCUAAAUAAGAGAUACGGAACGCAAUAUACUAUAGCAGAUGUUACCCAAGGCUACAAUGUUAGAUGGGACGUACAAAACAAAGUGUGGGAUCUGGCAUACAAGGUUCCGACACAGUCCAAGGAUGGUGGAAGGGGAGUCCGGCCAGUGUUGUGGCUUUACAACGACAAUUAUGAAGUGGAAGAUGAGUCGCUUCACCGAAAAGUGCCAGGUAGAAAAGCCGGCAUAGGCCAUUGGAUGGGUUUCUCGAAUGGGGUUUGGAUAGUAACGGAGGACAGCCAAGGAUACCAAGCCGACCAUGAAGAUCAUCAAGAUCCCAGGGAGAUUGAGAUAUUUAAGGGCUGCUUUGUUAGGGAGCCUGCGGUAGCUCAAAAAGAUGUUGCUCCGCGAGGUUACAAAUGGGUCCAAUCCGGUCCAUAUGCUGACGGCGGUCCUAAGCCAGGAAUGGUCGGACUUAUCCCACUUAGGAAGAUAAAAAAGAUUGAGAGGAAUGUUCUCAAAAAUGCUCAUGAUGCCGCGGGUGCGACUGCUGUCAAUAUUCUCAAAAAGGAUGGUGUUAAGAAAGAUGACAAAGGCCUAUGGCUAGAUUUCUUUAUUCAUCGUACUAUCGAACCAACGUCUAAGAUUGGUACGAAAUAUGAAGACCCAAAAGAGCCGGCAAAGAAGUACGUGAAAGGCUUCACGUUUGAAGAUGGUGAAUUUCUCCUAGAUAGUCACGAACCCCUCAAACAUCUAUACGCUCGCAUGACUAGAAUGGAUGGCACUUCGGGAAGAGUCAAACCUCGCAACCUUCAAUUUUUGGAAAAGCCAUGGGGCCUCGGUGAAGAGCUUCCCAUAGCAGGCAAGGGCGAUAAAAACAAGCCACACCCCGUAAUUCUUCCGGGAAUGAAAGCCGUCGCAAGCAUAGAGGAUAAAACAGACGCUAGAUACAAAUAUUUAAAAAAUAUGGAUGUACAAGAUUUCAAGAUCAAGGACCUAAGGCUUCACUGUCAAGCUCGAGGUCUCGAUUUUCAAGAAUAUGGAAGAAGUAAAGUCACUAUGUUAGCAGCUCUUGUCAAGUACGAUUCAAGCGAAGUCAUUGUGAGCAAAGCUAAGGAAGUUAAAGCAGCUGAGCCCGAUGAAGGAUUCGGACUACCUAUGAGACGUGUUAUCGCAGACGUUCCAAGAAAUGCUGGUCCGCCUAAGACACCUCCAUUCCACGUAACUGAAAUAGUGUUGGAGAUAGGUAAAGGUAAUGCUGAAAAUCCGGCAACGUGGGUAAGAGAUUAUGAAGGACGGUAUGGCAGGAUAGAUGAGGAUAAUCUUGAGCCGAUAAAAGGAGCAUGGGGGGUUGAACUUGAUAUUUUGAGGUGGAACAGAAUCAUAGGUGACAUGAGGAAGGAUGCUGGCUGGGAAAGUGAGCCUAAACCAAAAAAGGAAGAAGCUGCCAGUAAGGCACCAGCUCCAAAAGCAAAAGCUGCCCCAAAACCUGCGGCUCCAAAAUCGUCAACUGCAAAGGAAGGCGAGAAAAAAAGAUCCGCAGAUGAAUCUGCGGAACCUCCAGCCAAAAGGACAAGAUCAAGUGUCUCAAAAUCUCCAAAUGUCUCAGAGAAGGCAAAAUCGCCAAGUAUCUCAGCGAAGUCAAAAGCUCCAAGUGUCUCAGGGAAGGCAAAAGCUCUAAGUAUCGUACCAGAAGAAGAAGAAGAGAAAGACGAGGAUAUGGUGCCUGAGAAUAUCUAA